CGACCUCAGCUGCUGCUCUUCAGUCUCAUUAUUGACCAGGGAAUGAAUGGAGAGCCACGUACUUUUUUGAGGACCGAAGGACUGCUGUUUGGAAUCUAAAAAAAGGCUGGAUUAUAUGCACCUUUUUUUUUUUUUAAAUUGCAUAUCUAUUUUAAAAGGUUGUAUUUAAUCUUGCAUCCCAGGAUCUACCCGCUUUUCUUGAAAGCUGCUGGUUUGGAAAUGGCUUCGGGAGAACAGCUGGUUCGUGUCGAGACAUUUGUGGAAUAACCUUUAUUUUUCUCUACCCCCCCCCAUCCUAUCCAACUUCCGCUCCAAGCCGCCGAAAUGCGCCUCUUUUUAAACCAGUCAACCACAUGAGUGGAGUCUAAAGCAACUACACUUCAUACACAUCCCUCCCUCCUCAUUUUCAUUCUGCAAUCAACGAGCUGGUAAAAAUAUGGAAAGUGAGGUUUUUAGCCCCCUGCUGGAGCACUUCAUGCUGUCACCGCUGGUCUGCUGGGUGAAGACGGUGGGGAAGCCCACAGUGCCAGAUGGCAGCAAACUGUCAGAAUAUGUCCAUUUGGUGGAUGGAGUUUACCUCAAUGAGGUCAUGCUGGAGAUAAAUCCCAAGGCCACAGUGCAGAGGACCAACAAGAAGGUGAACAAUGACCCCACGCUGCGCAUCCAGAACCUUUCCAUUCUCAUCAGGCAGAUCAAAGCCUACUAUCAGGAGACACUCCAGCAGCUGGUGAUGAUGCCCCUACCCAAUGUGUUGGUCCUGGGCCGGAACCCUCUCACCGAGCGAGGUCUGGAGGAGAUGAAGAAACUACUGCUGCUGCUUCUAGGCUGUGCUGUUCAGUGUGAGAAAAAGGAAGAUUACAUCGAACGCAUCCAGACUCUGGAUUUCCACACCAAAGCGGCCAUCGCAUCCCACAUCCAAGAGGUGACCCACAACCAGGAGAACGUAGUGGACCUGCAGUGGCUGGAAAGCGGGGAUGUGCCCGCCGAGGACCUGGCGAGCCUGUCCCGGAACCUGGCCUUUCAUCUCAAACACGUGGUGGACGACAGAGACGCCCAGCUGGAGACUAUUGUGGAGCUGACCCAAGAGAGGGACUGUAUUCAGCUGUCGCCGCUGGGUGGCGGUCCGGUCCAGUCACCCAACGGCUCCCCGAGCAUGAGGAGGACAGAAAGCCGGCAGCACCUCUCCGUGGAGCUGGCUGAUGCCAAGGCCAAGAUUAGACGUCUGCGCCAGGAAUUGGAAGAGAAGAGCGAGCAGCUUCUGGACACACGGCAGGAUCUGGAGAACAUGGAAGUAGAGCUCAAGAGGAUCCAGCAAGAGAGCUACCAACUUCUGUCAGACGCGCGCUCGGCCCGGGCGUACCGCGACGAGUUGGACGCCCUCCGGGAGAAAGCCGUCCGCGUGGACAAGCUGGAGAGCGAAGUGUGCCGCUACAAGGAGAGACUCCACGACAUCGAGUUCUACAAGGCGAGAGUGGAGGAGUUGAAGGAGGACAAUCAGGUCCUGCUGGAAACCAAAACUAUGCUGGAGGAGCAGCUGGAUGCCAGCAGGAGCCGAUCUGACAAACUGCACCUCCUGGAGAAAGAGAAUCUGCAGUUGAAAUCCAAAAUCCACGAUCUGGACAUGGAGCGAGAUUUAGAUCGCAAGCGAAUGGAGGAGCUGUUGGAGGAAAACCUGGUGCUGGAAAUGGCCCAGAAACAAAGCAUGGAUGAGUCCCUACACCUGGGCUGGGAGCUGGAGCAACUAUCCAAAACUCCAGAGCUGACUGAGGUCCCUCAGAAGUCCCUCGGCGAAGAAGUUAACGAGCUGACCUCCAGUCGUCUGCUCAAGCUGGAGAAGGACAACCAGACGCUUCUGAAGACAGUGGAGGAACUCCGAGGAGGCGCUGGAUCGGACUCGGUGGCCAAACUGGGCAAAGUCAGUCAGGAGAACCAGAAACUCGUGCAGAGACUGGAGCAUCUGGAAAGCGAACUAGCGAACGAGAAAGAAUGUCUCCGCUGCGCCGAAUCUCUGAGCACGGACCUGAUGAAGGAGAAGGCCUUACUGGAAAAGACACUGGAAACGUUGCGGGAAAACUCAGAGAGACAGCUUAAAGGUCUGGAGCAGGAGAACAAGCACCUCAGCCAGACGGUGUCGUCCCUGCGCCAGCGCAGCCAGGUCGGCGCCGAAGCUCGCGUUAAAGACGUGGAGAAGGAGAACCGCAUCCUCCACGAGUCCAUCUGCGAGACCACGGGCAAGCUCAACAAGAUGGAAUUUGAGCGCAAACAGCUGAGGAAAGAAGUGGAGGCCUUGAAAGAGAAAGGCGAGAGAGCGGAGGAGUUAGAGAUUCUGAUGCAGAAGCUGGAGCGGGACAAUGAGAGUCUGCAGAAGAAAGUGGCCAGUCUGGGAAUUACCUGCGAGAAGGUGUCAGCAUUGGAGAAGGAGAACACCGACCUGGAGGCGGAGAGCCGACGCCUCAAGAAGAAGCUGGACGGUCUGAAGAACAUGGCCUUCCAACUGGAGGCGCUAGAGAAGGAGAACUCGCAGCUGGAGCAGGAGAACCUGGAGGUGCGCCGUUCGGCCGAGAGCUUCCGCUCGGCCGGGGCCAAGGCCGUUCAGCUGGAGGCCGAGAACAGGGAGCUGGAGAGCGAGAAGAGCCAGCUGAAGCGGAGCCUGGAGCUCCUCAAGGCCACUUCCAAGAAGACGGAGAGAUUAGAGGUGAGCUACCAGGGCCUGGAUACAGAAAAUCAGCGCUUGCAGAAGGCGUUAGAGAACAGCAGCAAAAAGAUCCAGCAGCUGGAAGCUGAGCUGCAGGAGGUGGAAUCCGAGAACCAAACCCUCCAACGCAACCUGGAGGAGCUCAAGAUCUCCAGCAAGCGCCUGGAGCAGCUGGAGCAAGAGAACAAGACACUAGAGCAGGAGAGCUCCCAACUGGAAAAGGACAAGAAGCUCCUGGAGAAGGAGAACAAGCGACUGAGGCAGCAGGCCGAGAUCCGCGACUCCAAGCUGGACGACAGCAACCAGCGGAUUUCCUCCCUGGAGAAGGAGAACCGCACCAUGGGCAAGGAGAUGAUCUUUUUCCGGGACUCGUGCACACGGGUCAAAGACCUGGAGAAGGAGAACAAGGAACUGGUCAAACAAGGCACCAUUGAUAAGAGGACCCUCAUCACACUCAGAGAGGAGUUGGUAAGCGAGAAGCUGCGCACUCAGCAGAUCAACAACGACCUGGAGAAACUGACGCACGAGCUGGAAAAGAUCGGACUGAACAAGGAGAGACUGCUGCUCGACGAGGACUCCGACGACAGGUUUAAGCUCCUCGAAAGCAAACUGGAGUCAACGCUGAAGUCCUCGUUGGAGAUCAAGGAGGAAAAGAUCGCCGCCCUGGAGGCCAGGCUGCAGGAGUCGUCCAACCUGAACCAGCAGCUUCGCCAGGAACUCAAAACUGUGAAAAAGAACUACGAGGCUCUGCGUCAAAGGGAGGAGGAGGAGAGGAUGGUGCAGAGCUCGCCCCCUCGAGGUGUGGAGGACACGCAGGCUGUCAGCAAAUGGGAAAAGGAGAGCCACGAGGCCACCAGGGAGCUACUCAAGGUCAAGGACAGGCUCAUCGAGGUGGAGAGGAAUAACGCCACGCUGCAGGCAGAGAAGGCGGCGCUGAGGAGCCAGCUCAAGCAACUGGAGACGCAGAGUUCCAACCUGCAGGCUCAGAUCGUGGCCGUGCAGAGACAGACCGCCUCUCUGCAGGAGAAUAACACCACGCUGCAGACUCAAAACGCCAAGCUGCAGGUGGAGAACUCCACGCUGAGCUCGCAGAGCGCCGCCCUCAUGGCGCAGAACGCUCAGCUGCAGGGCCAGCAAAGCAGCGCGGAAGGCGAGCGUGAGGGGGCGCUGCGGGAGAAGGAGGAGCUCCGGUCCACGUACGAGCUGCUCCUGCGCGACCACGAGAAACUGGCGGCGCUCCACGAGAGGCAGGCGACCGAGUACGAGGCGCUCAUCGGCAAACACGGCGGCCUGAAGAGCUCCCAUAAAAGUCUGGAGCAGCAGCAUCGGGACCUGGAGGACAAGUACAAGCAGCUCCUGCAGAGGAAAGGAGAUCUGGAGGAGCUGGAGAAGAAUCUGAAGGAGCAACAAGACAAAAUGUCCUUAGAGAAUCAGGACCACCGAGAUACUGCCGAUCAGUGCAAACUGCUCAAAGGGGAAAACGACAGACUGAACACGACCUACCGCCAACUACAGAAGGACAAUGAGAACCUCCAGCUGGACCACAAGAACAUCAAGAGUCAGCUAAACGGCGCCAAGUUGGAGCAGACCAGGCUGGAGGCCGAGUUCUCCAAGCUGAAGGAGCAGUACCAGCAGCUGGACAUCACCUCCACCAAACUCACCAACCAGUGCGAGCUGCUUAGUCAGCUGAAGGGCAACCUGGAGGAGGAGAAUCGACACCUGCUGGACCAGAUCCAGACUCUGAUGCUGCAGAACCGCACUCUGCUAGAGCAGACCAUGGAGAGCAAAGACCUGUUCCACGUAGAGCAGAGACAAUACAUUGACAAGUUGAAUGAACUGAGGAGGCAGAAGGAGAAGCUGGAGGAGAAGAUUAUGGACCAGUACAAGUUCUAUGAUCCUUCACCUCCACGCAGGCGCGGCAACUGGAUCGCGCUUAAAAUGAAAAAGCUCAUCAAGCCCAAAAGCCGUGAGAGGAUGCGCUCCCUCACCCUGACGCCGUCCCGCUCAGAGUGCGGCGACGGCUUCCUGUCCUUCCCCGCCGCCGACAGCCAGGACAGCUCUUCGGUCGGCUCCGGGUCCAACUCGCUGGACGACACGCUCACGCACAGCAGGAGCAGCAGGAGGCGAGGCCAACGGUGCCUUGCCCAAGGGCAGGGCUCCACCAACGCUUUAAAAAGGUUGCCUUUCAUGAGGAACAGAUCCAAGGACAAAGACAAGGUCAAGGCCAUCUACCGGCGCUCCAUGUCUAUGAACGACCUUCUCCAGACCAUGACGGUGGCCGGCGGUCCGGGCGCCAACUGGGCGGGCAGCACGGAGAAUCUGGACGGCGGCGAGGCCGGCGACGCGGGCGCCGGGCGGCGAGCAGGCGGCGGCCAGCGUAUGAAAGAGCUGGCCUUCUCCACCAACGCCAUCGACUGCGCCGCCCUCACGCUGCCCUCCUCCUCCCACAGGCGGGCCCCCCACAGGCUCCACGUCAAAGACAACGCUUCUUGCGAGGAUGUCGCCGGCUCCUCGGAUGAUCCAAAGAGUCAAGCUUCCAGACCCCCCAGUCUCCAUAGCAACAGGACCCUCAGUAGUAAUAGUAACAAUAACUCCCAGCUCACCUCUCCCCUGGAGGGAAAAGGCACGAUAAACGGUAGCGCCAGUCGUCCUCACAGCGAGAGCAGCGGCGAGUUCAGCUUGAGUUUGGAGCAAGAGGCCUGGUCCAGCAGCGGCAGCAGCCCCGUCCAGCAACCAUUGUCGUCGCGUUCGUCCCAUCAGAGCCCGGGGCCCACGCGGCACUCCCUCGAACCGGCCCCCGCCGCAACGCCCGGGCAGAUCAGGAAAACAGCAUCCCCAGGCAGCGAGGUGCUUUCUCUGCAGCAGUUCCUGGAUGAGGGAAUCGACCCUGCCGAGUCGGGCAGUCAAGAAAACCUCACCGUGGACUCCCCCCGCCUCCCCGUUUCUUCCGAGCGUGCUCAGAAGGAGCGACCUACCACCCGGGGCCGUGGCAUCCUGCGCUCCUCCAGCGGCAAAGCGGCGCCGGUCUCCGCCGACCGCCCGCCGCGCUCCUCGGGCCAGCCCGGGCGCCCCAGCCUGCGCAAGGCGGAGAGCACCCGAGUGAGGGGCUCCGUCCGCCCUGGCCUGUCCGUCCAGACUCGGGCCACGUCGGUGUCUGAGCGGCUGGACCGGGCCUCUGGGUCGGCGGCCACCUUGCCCCGCGCCAGUAGCGUCAUCUCCACAGCCGAAGGCAGUUCGCGACGCACCAGUAUCCACGACUUGCUCUCCAAGGACAACCGGCAGCCCGUUUCUGUCGACGGGGUCCAAGCCCCGCCCGAACCCAGUGAGUACACCCCAAAGGGACCCACUAGUACCGCCCCCUUGCCAAAGUCUCUCAGCUUGCCGUGCCCGAGCUCGGACGAAGCCGAGCUCCCCACUCUCGAGUCCUUCCUGGGUCCCUCCUUCACCGCCGAGUCAGUCUUCAUGGACUCCAUCUUUAGCGAGUCGGCGGGUAAAAGCCUCCCCUUCCUCUCCCUCAACCCCACCCUCGUCAGUAACAUCAGCGGACCCCCUGUCGCUCCUUUCCCCCCGAGCCGAGCCGACAAUCCGCCGCAGUCUGGGCCCGAGCAUUUGGACGCGGAGGAGAACCAGUCGCUGUGGUUCGAGUACGGGUGUGUGUGACGGAGGGGGAGGUUCUGGCCCGCCGAUAUCCGUGUGGGUGGUUGGGGGAUCUUUUCCUCUUGUUCUGGUGGUCCCAUGGUGCUGUUUUUUUUUUUAUUGGUGGUGUUAUAAGUUUCUGUUUCAAUACAUUUCUCCCCGUCCACCUUCGAUUUCAAUUGAAAUCACUUGACUAUCAUGCUCCAGUUGAUAGCCUGCACCCAUCAGCACAAAUGACACAUGGAUUGUGAAUUUCCCCGAAAUAAAUGAAUGUCACAUUAAUAUCCAUAAUACAGUGGUACCUUGACUUACGGAUUUUACGAGUGUCUCGGGCAAGUGAUCUCGACAUACUUUCUUUUUUUUUUUUUUUCUUUUUUUUAUACAAAACAGUAAGUCAAGGGACUACCGUAUUUGACACUUCACCUGCUGUUUGUCCCUGCAUGUUUCAUUUUGACCGCUGGGAUCAAAAUGAGGUUUUUAUUUUUUAUUUUUUUUACCCCUGACUUCCUCUGUUCUUUUGUGAUUUUGACGAAAAAGCAGGCUUCUUUGCUUGGACUUGCUUCAAGGAUGAAAAGAAAUUUGUUGGGGGUAAAAUAGGUCUAUGAGGGUAUUGUUGGUGUAAAAAGUGAAAGUGAAUGCAGGAAUGAUGCCAUAUGGUUUGGUCGGGAAGUGGGUUGUUGUUUUGGAUGGACUCAUGGGCAACCAUUUUGUUUUAGUGACGGUUUCAUGGGUGGCUUGAGCGAAAGUGACUAUGAAGGAAAAGCAAGGAGUCGUAAACCCUCCUGUUACAUUUUGUCUUUUUUGAUAGACAGUGUGACCCACCCACCACGCGUGCUCCAAAAAAAAAAAAAAAAAAAAUUUAAAUAGCACAUUUGCCUCAAAAACAUUUUGAGUCACAUCACAUAUUUGUCCCCUUUACAAGCACUUGUGUUGAAGUCCUCCCAUAUAUAGGAGAGUGUUUUAAAUGAACACAAAAAAAAGAAUCAUUUGAAAAUAUCAAAAUAAAGAAGUGACAUCACAACAUACUUGUAACAGGAGGGUUAUGAACUAAAACGUGGGCCGAGAAGACGCUCUUGUACAUAUUAACUUAUAAACUCAUCCAAGCAUUCUUUGGUGUGCGACUUGCCUCUACUUAUUUAUUCCCGCUUGUAGUCACUCGCUUGUUUCGUAUUGGAUUUCAAUGUGUGUGUAACGACGUUGCUUUAUUCCACAGAUGUGGAGGGCAGAAAGUCAAAAAGCAGAAGUGGCGAGUGCUAAGCCCCACGCGUGGUGAGUGAGCGAGCGAGCGAGCUCGGAUGGGAGGGAAGGUGGGGUGCUUGUUGCCAUGGGAACCUCACACGUGACGUAACCGGUGUCUUCCAUCUUCCCCGCAAACCACCCCUUAAAUUUUUGCUUGUCUGCCUCCUUGUUGCCAUGACAACGCAUGUAGUUCCCGGCUGGCUACUACUUCCUGCUUCCUGUCUUUUCCUGCUGUUCCCAUCAACUUCUCACUUUUCCCCCACUUCCUGUGUGUCUUACCAAUACUGAGUUUUCCCAGAACUUUAAUGUUGCUGGUCCCCUUGACCUGAUUUAAUUCGUGAGAGAUGAUGAACUUUACUCUCAUGUUGUUUCUAACCUGCUCUCUCCAUCUUCCCACUUUUCUUCUUCUCCUUCUUCUUGGCUUGCCGGGGACUCACUAGGUGGUCUUGGAGGUGUGAAGCCUGGUAGACAGACGGCGUGUAUACCGCAAGGAAAAACGAUUGUAAAAUCCCACCAUUUUGUUUAGUUCCCUCCCAGUCCGUUUAUCGAGAAAAUGGCUUCCUUCUGUUUUGUUUUUCUUCCUUGAAUCAAGGAAACAGACGAAGAUGCGCCCAGUUUUUGUAAAAAAAGGAAAAAAUUCUCUCCUCCGCUGUGAUGUGCACUACUUUGUAAAGACAAUUCAGGUGCCAAAUCACAGACCCCCAUCACAUUAACGGAUAAUUCUUAUGUGAAUUUAAAUCAAGGAUGAAAGUAUACAUUCAGCAUGUGGACAUGAUAUACAAAGCGAACAGCGGACCAAUCAAAACACUUCUUGUUGGGAUUUUGGGACAAGCCAUGAGAAUUUGUGUGCGCGCAGUGAAUAUGAAAAGUCUACACACCCCUGCUUAAAUGCCAUUUUUUGGUGAUGUAAAAGAAAUAAGACUGAGAUAAAUCAUUUCUGUACAACUCAACUGGAAAAUGUGCUUGCACAAAUGUGCACACCCUCAUCUAAGUGGGAUGGGGCUGUGUUCCAAAUGAACCAAUCAUAUUCAAACUCAGUUAAUUAAGUCAGCACACUCCUGCCACCAUUUAAAGUGCCUCUGAUUGACCACAACUAACCUUGAGAUGCUCUAACGGGCCUUUCCUGACAUUUUUGUAGUCAAGUUCUACAGCACAAGCCAUAGUCUGCAGUUUGUUAGUUUAUUAUUAUUUUUUUUAGAGCUAACUUGUUCUCUUUCAUAUACAUCACAAUGAGCCUGAUAUUUGAACAUGGGUGUGUAGACUCUACUUUGGACUGUGUGUUAAGGACACUUCCACAAUAAUGUACCAUCUUAAUGAUCACUACAUUAAUUUCAUAGUAGUUUUUUUGUCAUCUUGCACUCUGGAAGACCUUACUAUAAGCACACGUAUACACUACAUAUAAACAUUCUGUGAACCAUGUGGGUUGUUGCUAUGGCGAUGAUGAGUUUCCCUCCUUUUCCACUUUUACAUAAACCCAUUUGAUGUAAUUAAAAUUCAUCAAUUAAGAGAAA